ACGCCUACUCACUCCUGCCUUCCAUUUCGACAUCCUCAAGAACUAUGUCAAGACCUUUAACCACUCCACCAACAUCAUGCAUGUGAGUCCAUGGAGCAACAGCACUGAUCGUGUGGGUUCAUUUGAGCAACACUCAAGUAAACUCAAGGCAUUUGGCCCUUAACAUGAAACAUGUUAGAGAAACAAGUGGUAUAGUGUACAAGUAACUUUUUUUGCACCAGCUUCUCUGUUCUCAACGGCCCUCCGUAAUUAUUGGGACAGUGAAGCAUUUUGUCUUCUUUUGGCUCUAUACUUGAAAACUUUGGAUCCAUAUCGGGUGAACCGUUUAGAAAUUACAGCAGUUUUUUGAACAUAGUCCUCCCAUUUUAGGGGAGCAAAAGUAUUGGGACUAAUUCCCUUAUAUGUGUAUUAAAGUAGUCAAGAGUUAAGUAUUUGGUCCCAUAUUCAGAGCACGCAAUGACUACAUCAAGCUUGUGACUCUACACACUUGUUGGAUGCAUUUGCUGUUUGUUUUGGUUGUGUUUCAAAUUAUUUUGUACCUAAUAGAAAUGAAUGGUAAAUAAUGUAUUGUGUGAUUUUGGUGUCACUUUUAUUGUAAAUAAAAACAAUUCUACAUGAAUGUGGAUACUACCAUGAUGACGGAUAAUCCUGAAUGAAUCGUGAAUAAUGAUGAGUGAGAAAGUUGUACCCCCCCAAAAAUGCUAACCUCCCCUGUUAUUGUAAUGGUGAGAGGUUAGCAUGUCUUGGGGGUAUGAUAUAAUAAUAAUAAUAAUAUAAUAAUAAGCCAUUUAGCAGACGCUUUUAUCCAAAGCGACUUACAGUCAUGCGUGCAUACAUUUUUGUGUAUGGGUGGUCCCAGGGAUCGAACCCACUACCUUGGCGUUACAAGCGCCGUGCUCUACCAGUUGAGCUACAGAGGACCACGAUAUAAAAUGCUAACCUCCCCUGUUAUUGUAAUGGUGAGAGGUUAGCAUAUCUUGGGGGUAUGAUAUAAAAUGCUAACCUCCCCUGUUAUUGUAAUGGUGAGAGGUUAGCAUGUCUUGGGGGUAUGAUAUAAAAUGCUAACCUCCCCUGUUAUUGUAAUGGUGAGAGGUUAGCAUGUCUUGGGGACAAUGCAAAUAGUCUGGGUGGCCAUUUGAUUGAUAGUUCAGCAGUCGUAUGGCUUGGGGGUAGAAGCUGUUAAGGAGCCUUUUGGACCUAGACUUGGCGCUCCGGUACCGCUUGCUGUGUCGAUGUGAAUGGGGGCGUGUUUGGCCCUCCGUUUCCUGUAGUCCACAAUCAUCUCCUUUGUCUUGCUGAUGUUGAGGGAGAGGUUGUUGUCCUGUCACCACACUGCCAGGUCUCUGACCUCCUCCCUAUAGGCUGUCUCAUCGUUGUCGGUGAUCAGGCCUACCACCGUUGUGUCGUCAGGCAAACUUAAUGAGGGUGUUGGAGUCGUGCUUGGCCACGCAGUCUUGGGUGAGCAGAGAGUACAGGAGGGGACUAACCAUGCAUCCCUGAGGGGCCCCCGUGUUGAGGAUCAGUGUGGCAGAUGUGUUGUUGCCUACCCUUACCACCUGGGGGCGGCCCGUCAGGAAGUCCAGGAUCCAGUUGCAGAGGGAGGUGUUUAGUCCCAGGGUCCUGAGCUUAGUGAUGAGCUUUGUGGGCACUAUGGUGUUGAACGCUGAGCUGUAGUCAAUGAAGAGCAUUCUCAUAGGUGUUCCUUUUGUCCAGGUGAUACGUCAUUUAAGCAGGUUACCUUCGCUUUCUUGGGCACAGGGACUAUGGGUAUGAUAUUUGUGCGUCUGUAACUUUCUCACUGAUCAAUAUUCAUGAUUAAUUCAGGAUUAUAAACUGGUUGGUUUGAGCUAUGAAUUCUGAUUGGCUAAAAGCCAUGGUAUAUCAGAUCGUAUACCACGGGUAUGACAAUACAUUUAGUUUUACUGCUCUAAUUACGUUGGUAACCAGUUUAUAAUAGCAAUAAGGCUCCUCAGGGGUUUGUGGUAUAUGGCCAAUAUACCACGGCUAAGGGCUGUUCUUACACACGGCGCAACGCGGAGUGCCUGGAUACAGUCCUUAGCCGUGGUAUAUUGGUCAUAUACAACACCCCCUCAGGCUUAUUGCUUAAUUAUCCAUCAUCAUGGUAGCAUCCACAUUCAUGUAGAAGUGUUUAGAAACAUGUUCUAUUCUUAUUUACAAUAAAAGUGACCCCAAAAUGACACAAUACAUUAUUUACCAUUCAUUUCUAUUGGGCACAAGAUAAUCCGAAACACAACCAAAAUAAAUUGUUUUUAAAAAAGUGUAGAGUCACAAGCUUGAUGUAGUCAUUGCGUGCUAUGAAUAUGGGACCAAAUACUACACUUUUUACUACUUUAAUACACAUAUAAGGGAAUUAGUCCCAAUACUUUUGCUCCCCUACAAUGGGAGGACUAUGUACAAAAACCGCUGUAAUUUCUAAAUGGUUCACCCGAUAUGGAUGAAAAUACACUCAAAUUAUAGCUGACAGUCUGCACUUUUAACCUCACGGUCACUGUUUGAUUUCAAAUGCAAAGUUUUGAAGUAUAGAGCCAACGAAGAAAAGAUGCUUCACUGUCCCAAUAAUUACAGAGGGCACUGUAUAUAAAAUACUAGAUAUUCGAAGACAUAUCCUUUUAAUAGUCCUAGUCUAGUUUAGUUGCACUCGCCAGCACAUGCAAAUAGACGUUGUUGAUAGUAAUUAUGUAUGCGCUAAACGAGCAGUUAGAAUGAUGUAGUGAAGUAAGCAAAUAGCUUACAAAUAGCUUGUGAGUAGUUCUCAUCUCCCGCUCCAUCUGUCUUGUCAAGCUUAUCGGCUCUCUGUCUAAUGUAAACAAGUUUUGACACAGUUACAAAAAAAAGGGACAUUUAGGGGACGUUUACACGUCCAACACUUUGCAAUGAGUUUUUCGCUCGUCUCGUCUCCUCGUCACUCUUUUUAUUUGUGAAUGCAAAUGAUUGUUUUGAAACUUGUUCAUUGGAUGCAGCAUGUGUCAGACAGAGGAGGCUGGUGGGAGGGAGCUAAAUCUAUUCCAUUCCAGGUAUUACAAUGAGCCCGUCCUCCUAUAGCUCCUCCCGCCAGCCUCCCCUGGUGUGAGAAUGUAAGAGGUAGUGUGGUGAAGGAGGCAACACACAAUGUAUCCCAGAGAGUUAGUUGGAGGACUCAUCAUGGAUAGAACCCGUUUUAGCGUGUACACUGCCGUCGAGGGCUUCCACCAUUUGAAAGGAGUCAACUUGGUGGGAAUUCCUAUGGGUUGGGGAGUGAUCAGCCAAAUAUCAGAGCAUUGUCUCCUUGUUGCAUUGUUUGCAAAUGGCUUUAAACUAUAUCACAUGCUAUCUAGUGGCCACAAUAAAUGAAUGACACGAGAUAUGAUUCAGGACUCCGGCGCUGCAGGUGUCUGUAAAUCACCAAUAUUAGCUUUAUGCUUUUUUUCAAACACAAAACAAGAAAAUGGACUACUUCAAAAUGGAGACAGCCUCGGUGACGCUGCCCGUGCUGUCACAGACACCAUAAUGGGACAGAUACAAAGAUGAUUCCUCUAACUAACUCCAUGGUCUCUCCCCUGCUUGUUGGUGUCAGUCUAAGUGGCGCCGCCUGGUGGCCGAGGGAAAGAGCUGCCAGGACAUGUUCAGUCACAUCAGCCUGAUGACUCUGGACAGUCUGCUCAGAUGUACCUUCAGCUACAACAGCAACUGCCAGGAGUGAGUAACCUGUCUUUAAUAUGACUGAUACAGAAGCAGUGAGUAACCUGUCUUUAAUAUGACUGAUACAGAAGCAGUGAGUAACCUAUCUUUAAUAUGACUGAUACAGAAGCAGUGAGUAACCUUCUACCUCUGAUUCUGACUGAGACAAGAGCCCAGUAACCUUCUACCUCUGAUACUGACUGAGACAAGAGCCCAGUAACCUUCUACCUCCGAUACUGACUGAGGCAAGAGCCCAGUAACCUUCUACCUCCGAUACUGACUGAGGCAAGAGCCCAGUAACCUUCUACCUCUGAUACUGACUGAGGCAAGAGCCCAGUAACCUUCUACCUCUGAUACUGACUGAGGCAAGAGCCCAGUAACCUUCUACCUCUGAUUCUGACUGAGGCAAGAGCCCAGUAACCUUCUACCUCUGAUUCUGACUGAGGCAAGAGCCAAGUAACCUUCUACCUCUGAUACUGACUGAGGCAAGAGCCCAGUAACCUUCUACCUCUGAUACUGACUGAGGCAAGAGCCAAGUAACCUUCUACCUCUGAUACUGACUGAGGCAAGAACCCAGUAACCUUCUACCUCUGAUACUGACUGAGGCAAGAGCCCAUCUCACUACACGUAUAUUCUAUAAGAUCAGAGUAGCCAUACAGGCUAUAAUAUCAGUGAUAUCUACUGUAUUGUGGAAGGACGACCAGAAGUGACCUCAAGGACAGAUUCUUUCCAUCUGUUGUGUGUUGUAUGUUGCAGCAUUUUGGACCAGUCUCUCUUAGCAGGGCAUAUUCAUUUGUUUAAUCGAAUUGGUUUAUAGCGCUAAUCCGGAAAUACAACUGUUUAGUACAUCAGAUAAGCAAAUCACCUCUUUCACUGUACUCUACCCUCCCUCCUCUAUCCAACUCUAAUGUCUCAUUACUCCCCUCUACCCUCCCUCCUCUAUCCAACUCUAAUGUCUCAUUACUCCCCUCUACCCUCCCUCCUCUAUCCAACUCUAAUGUCUCAUUACUCCCCUCUACCCUCCCUCCUCUAUCCAACUCUAAUGUCUCAUUACUCCCCUCUACCCUCCCUCCUCUAUCCAACUCUAAUGUCUCAUUACUCCCCUCUACCCUCCCUCCUCUAUCCAACUCUAAUGUCUCAUUACUCCCCUCUACCCUCCCUCCUCUAUCCAACUCUAAUGUCUCAUUACUCCCCUCUACCCUCCCUCCUCUAUCCAACUCUAAUGUCUCAUUACUCCCCUCUACCCUCCCUCCUCUAUCCAACUCUAAUGUCUCCAUACUCCCCUCUACCCUCCCUCCUCUAUCCAACUCUAAUGUCUCCAUACUCCCCUCUACCCUCCCUCCUCUAUCCAACUCUGUCUCAUGGCUCCUUUCCUUUCCUCCAGGAGUUCCAGUGACUACAUAGCAGCCAUCUUUGAGCUGAGCACCCUGGUGAUCGAGCGGAGAGGUCGUAUCCUGCACCACUGGGACUGGCUGUACUGGAGGUCCCCAGAAGGACAACGCUUCAAACAGGCCUGUAGUGUAGUACACAGGUAGGAGUUGGCAAAAUUCUGGAAAUGUUCCUGAAAUUCCAAGGUUUUCCUGAAAUUCUGGUUGGAAAAUUCCCGGAAGCUGGAAAUCCAGGAAUCCUCCAACCAGUAUUUCUGGAACACUUGGGAAUUUUCAGAAAGUAACUGGAAUUGUACAACCCUAUACACAGGUUCACCAGCACUGUGGUCCAGGAGCGCAGAGCACAGCUUCUCCUCCAGGGGGAGCCAGAGAGCCAGGCUGACACCACAGGAGGGGAGGAGAAGAGAAAGAGAGUAGCAGACUUCAUUGAUUUGUUACUGCUGUCAAAGGAUGAGGAGGGCCGUGGUCUCACAAAUGAGGAGAUAAAAGCAGAGGCAGACACUUUCAUGUUUGGAGGUGAUCCUCAAGGGGUUAGGUCCACUCUAUCCCUUUCUACAGUUACCCUGACAGUAUAUCCUAUCAGAAACUACUGUAUUUACCCUGGCAGUAUAUCCUAUCAGAAACUACUGUAUUUACCCUGGCAGUAUAUCCUAUCAGAAACUACUGUAUUUACCCUGGCAGUAUAUCCUGUCAUAAACUACUGUAUUUACCCUGGCAGUAUAUCCUAUCAUAAACUACUGUAUUUACCCUGGCAGUAUAUCCUAUCAUAAACUACUGUAUUUACCCUGGCAGUAUAUCCUGUCAUAAACUACUGUAUUUACCCUGGCAGUAUAUCCUGUCAUAAACUACUGUAUUUACCCUGGCAGUAUAUCCUAUCAUAAACUACUGUAUUUGAGACUUUAUUCUCUCUCAGGUCAUGACACCACGGCCAGCGGGAUCAGCUGGGUUCUGUAUAACUUGUCUCAGCAUCAGGACUACCAGGACCGCUGUAGAGCCGAGGUCCACAACCUGCUACAGGACCGACAGACAGAGGACAUAGACUGGUCAGAUCCUGUGUCUGUCUGUCUCUGUCUGUCUGUAUGUCCGUCUGUCCAUCUGUUCGUCUGUCUGUCCAACUGCUUGCCUGUCUGUCUUUCUUUCUGUCAGGGGGGCGGGUCAUACCACAGGGUGAGGGCAUGGGGACGGGUCAUACCACAGGGUGAGGGGAGGGGGACGGGUCAUACCACAGGGUGAGGGGAGGUGGACGGGUCAUACCACAGGGUGAGGGGAGGGGGGCGGGUCAUACCACAGGGUGAGGGCAGGGGGACAGGUCAUACCACAGGGUGAGGGGAGGUGGACGGGUCAUACCACAGGGUGAGGGGAGGUGGACGGGUCAUACCACAGGGUGAGGGCAUGGGGACGGGUCAUACCACAGGGUGAGGGCAGGGGGACAGGUCAUACCACAGGGUGAGGGGAGGUGGACGGGUCAUACCACAGGGUGAGGGCAGAGGGACUGGUCAUACCACAGGGUGAGGGGAGGGGGACGGGUCAUACCACAGGGUGAGGGGAGGUGGACGGGUCAUACCACAGGGUGAGGGGAGGGGGGCGGGUCAUACCACAGGGUGAGGGCAGGGGGACAGGUCAUACCACAGGGUGAGGGGAGGUGGACGGGUCAUACCACAGGGUGAGGGGAGGGGGACGGGUCAUACCACAGGCUUUUCUCAAAUGGGGCACAUUUGUAGUAAUGUAAAGUUCUCUUCAUUUCAACAUGGUAGGAAUGUGUUCUCAUCUGUCUAGUUCUUUCCAGGAGAUGAAACAAGGAGCGGAGUCUGGGAUCUCUGUAUGCCAAGACUCCCAAACAGACCAGUCCUUUCUGUAUGUGUGAAUUAUCCAUAAAAGAGUGACUGGUGUGUUGUGUUUCUGCAGGGAGGACCUGAGCAGCCUCCCCUUCACCACCAUGUGUAUCAAAGAGUCUCUGAGACUGCACUCCCCUGUGUCUGCUGUCACCAGACAAUACACUCAGGACAUGACGGUGCCAGGGGGACGGGUCAUACCACAGGGUGAGGACAGGGGGAUGGGUCAUACCACAGGGUGAGGGGAGGGGGACGUGUCAUACCACAGGGUGAGGACAGGGGGACGGGUCAUACCACAGGGUGAGGACAGGGGGACGGGUCAUACCACAGGGUGAGGGGAGGGGGGCGGGUCAUACCACAGGGUGAGGGGAGGGGGACGGGUCAUACCACAGGGUGAGGGGAGGGGGGCGGGUCAUACCACAGAGUAAGGGGAGGGGGACGGGUCAUACCACAGGGUGAGGACAGGGGGACGGGUCAUACCACAGGGUGAGGACAGGGGGACGGGUCAUACCACAGGGUGAGGGGAGGGGGACGGGUCAUACCACAGGGUGAGGGGAGGGGGACGGGUCAUACCACAGGGUGAGGGCAGGGGGACGGGUCAUACCACAGGGUGAGGGGAGGGGGACGGGUCAUACCACAGGGUGAGGACAGGGGGACGGGUCAUACCACAGGGUGAGGACAGGGGGACGGGUCAUACCACAGGGUGAGGGGAGGGGGACGGGUCAUACCACAGGGUGAGGGGAGGGGGACGGGUCAUACCACAGGGUGAGGACAGGGGGACGGGUCAUACCACAGGGUGAGGGGAGGGGGACGGGUCAUACCACAGAGUGAGGGGAGGGGGACGGGUCAUACCACAGGGUGAGGGCAGGGGGACGGGUCAUACCACAGGGUGAGGGGAGGGGGACGGGUCAUACCACAGAGUGAGGGGAGGGGGACGGGUCAUACCACAGGGUGAGGGCAGGGGGACGGGUCAUACCACAGAGUGAGGGGAGGGGGACGGGUCAUACCACAGGGUGUAUUUGAAUAUAUUUGCAUAUAUAAAAACAUUAACAUAAAAGGGUGGAACAGAGCUGCAACCACCAAACACCUGCUCUGACUACUCUACCUGCUCUGACUACUCUACCUGCUCUGACUACUCUACCUGCUCUGACUACUCUACCUGCUCUGACUACUCCACCUGCUCUGACUAAUCUACCUGCUCUGACUACUCUACCUGCUCUGACUACUCUACCUUCUCUGACUACUCUACCUGCUCUGACUACUCUACCUGCUCUGACUACUCCACCUGCUCUGACUACUCCACCUGCUCUGACUACUCCACCUGCUCUGACUACUCUACCUGCUCUGACUACUCCACCUGCUCUGACUACUCUACCUUCUCUGACUACUCUACCUCUCUGACUACUCCACCUGCUCUGACACUACUACCUGCUCUGACUACUACUACCUGCUCUGACUAUCUUCUACCUGCUUCUGACAUACUCUACCUGCUCUGACUACUCCACCUGCAUCUCUAGACUACUCUACCUCCUUGACUAUUCAACCAAUGCAUAGCAGUCUGAUUAAAGACAUCCCAUCGAUUCGCUGCUAAUUACACUGUAUCUCCUUUCCUAUUCAUUCAGCAUCUGUCUGUCUAGCAUCUACGGAUGUAAACAUCAACCUGAUUGGCUACUAACUUUACACCUAUCUACACAUCUACACAUCAAAGAUUCUUUCUGUCUGCUUUCAUUGUGCGAAGGCUAACUAGUUGAACAUUUCCCCUGCAUUACUUCCUUUAGUUCAACAUAAAAACCAUGCACUGACCCUGAGCUCAAGGCGCAUACCCAUGCUUAUACUCUUCUCUUUCGGACCUAGGUUUGGAUUCUCUUUGUAUGAUCAUUCUACACAUGAUCAUCACAGCCCAGGCGUGACAUAGCCCAAUGUUUACAACCUGGUCCCUGAUCCGUUUGUGCUGACAUGACAGUGCAAACGGAUCUGGGAACCAGUCUGUGAUGAUACUCGGUGAAACAGCAUUAACCAUCCCGAUCAUUCUGUGCUAUAGGAACUGUAUAGGUCAGAAGUUUGCCAUGGCGGAGCUGCGUGUGGUGGUGGCGCUGACCUUGAGGAGGUUCCGCUUGACCCCUGGGGGGGUGGAGGUGAGGAGGCUGCCCCAGCUGGUGCUCAGGGCCGAGGGGGGGCUGUGGCUGAUGCUGGAGACCCUAGACACCCCCCAGGAC